AUGCCCCUGAUUCCAGUACCUCCACCGGCCAGAUAUACUUACUUAGUAUCUCGACGUGGUGACAUUGCACUCUCAAUCUUGGCGGGAUCACUUGCGUUCUACUUUACUGGGCCAAAUAUCGAUGACUCGAGAAUGAAAACCUCUGAAAAAAGUUUAUGGAAUCUAGUUAAAAGGCGAUUUAAAAAAAAUAGCCGAAAUUAG